UCCGGGUGGAGGGGAGUCUGGAGAAUGGCACGGUAAACCUCCAGCUGUCCGAGCGACAGACGGGCGGAAAGGCAGACAGGUACACAGCUGAAGUGUCAGGCAGAGAGCCAGGCAGACAUCCAGCGCCGGCACAGUCGACUGUGUGCAUUUCAUUGUCAUUCCGUGCAGCAUGUGAGAGGGAGGCAGAGGGAAGGAAAGAAAGCCGAGACGGAGAGGAAGAAGGGGAGCAUCCCUGUGGUUGUAGCUUCUCCGGGAUCUCGGUUCAUCUGCAUCCAUCUCAGUCAGAGCUGUGGCAGGCCCGCGCACUAAAGGAAAAAAAUAAAGCAGGACGGCAGGGAGGGGGCCGUUACUAGAAACGAAAUACAGGUUGGAGAGAGAGAGGGAAGGAAAGAGAGGUAGAGCGGCGGGCAGAGAAACAGAGGGAGAGAGCAGGUGUCGGAAAUCCUCCCCUUCAUCUGCUUGUCAUUUACUCCUUCGUGCUCUCUCGUCGUCUGGCGCGGUGAUUGGUUUUCUGAUGCCGGUGUUCCUCUGCUUAUAGGCCCUCUGCAGUCCUGUGAAAAACAAGAGGCGUCCAGACAGACGAAGGCAAAAAAAGAAAAACAUUAAAAAAAAAAAAGGAACGGCGCUCCCCUUUUUUGAUUGACUAAUUUUUCACACCUUCCUUUUCUCAUUUAUCAAGCGGGGCUCUUGUUUUUUUUUUGUUUUUUUUUUUCCUGAUUUCUCUGAUUAAGUGAGAGAUAGAAAGAAGAGAAGCAGCGGCCCAAUCAAUCCCCCAUUCUCUCCGUACACAGAACUGAACCUCUCCUGUCAUCAAUUGUUGAUUUUUCUUGCCUCGUUGUGUAGGGAUUAUGUUUUUUUCCACCUUGUGCGUAUAAACUCUGGAUUCCUACACGUUCCCUGUGUAUGCCCUCACCCCCAGUGACACAGCGUGAACUCCUCUGACUCCCCCACGGCAUCUCCCCCCCCUCGGCUGAAGUGCUGAAACUCAGUGGUCUCAGAUCUCAAUGCCUGUGUUGACUCACUACUACAGCGAUAAUAUGGCAGAGCGCUUCUGAUACCGUCUGAUUCAUUCUGUGGCGGUACAGGCAGCCAGCAGACCGUUCUCCAUGAGGAGCAGUAGAAGAUGCCGGCUCUGCCAGCACUGCUGCUGUCAAUACACAUCCUCUCCUUCCUGCUAGUCGCCAUGCCGCCACGCUCCCUCAGCCAGGCCCCCCUGCUCUCCUCUGUCCGCAUGGCGGCGAUCCUGGACGACCAGUCGGUGUGUGGGCGUGGGGAGCGACUGGCGCUGGCCCUGGCCAGGGAGAACAUCAACAGCGUGAUGGAGGGCCCGGCCCGAGCCCGAGUGGAGGUGGACAUAUACGAACUGCAGAAGGACUCCCAGUACGACACCACUGACACCAUGUGUCAGAUUCUGCCCAAGGGCGUCGUCUCUGUGAUUGGUCCCGCCUCCAGCCCCGCCUCCGGCUCCACUGUCAGUCACAUAUGUGGGGAGAAGGAGAUUCCUCAUGUUAAAAUCGGCCCCGAGGAAACGCCCCGCCUGCCGUACCUGCGGUUCGCCUCCGUCACUCUGUACCCCAGCAACGAGGACCUGAGCCUGGCCAUCGGAGCCAUCCUGCGCUCCUUCAGUUACCCCUCAGCCAGCCUGGUCUGCGCCAAGGCCGAGUGCCUGCUGAGAUUGGAGGAGCUGGUCCGCCGCUUCCUCAUCUCUCGGGAGACGCUGUCAGUCAGGAUGCUGGAUGACAACAUGGACCCGACGCCGCUGCUGAAGGAGAUCCGCGACGACAAAGUCGCCACCAUCAUCAUCGACGCCAACGCUUCUGUCUCUUAUCUCAUCUUGAAGAAGGCAUCAGAGCUGGGAAUGACGUCGGCUUUUUAUAAGUACAUCCUCACCACCAUGGACUUCCCCCUGCUGAAGCUGGAUGACAUAGUGGAUGAGCAGUCCAACAUCGUGGGCUUCUCCAUGUUCAACACCACACACCCCUUCUAUCUGGAGUUCAUCCGGAGCCUCAACCUCUCCUGGAGGGAGGGGUGCGACCUGACCUACCCCGGCCCCGCGCUCUCGUCGGCUCUGAUGUUUGACGCGGUGCACGUGGUGGUGGGGGCGGUGCGGGAAUUGAACCGCAGUCAGGAGAUCGGAGUGAAGCCGCUCAGCUGCACCUCACCUCAGAUCUGGCAACACGGGACCAGUCUUAUGAACUACCUGCGCAUGGUGGAGUAUGAUGGCCUGACGGGGCGAGUGGAGUUCAACAGCAAAGGUCAGAGGACCAACUACACCCUGCGGAUCCUGGAGAAACACAGGGGAGGUCACAAAGAGAUUGGGAUCUGGUACUCCAACAACACCUUGGCAAUGAACUCCACCAGUCUGGAUAUCAACGUGUCGGAGACGCUGGCGAACAAGACCCUCAUCGUCACCACCAUACUGGAGAACCCGUAUGUGAUGCGCAAAGACAACUACCAGGACUUCCAGGGCAACGACCAGUAUGAGGGCUUCUGCGUCGACAUGCUGAGGGAGCUGGCAGACAUCUUGAAAUUCUCGUUCAAGAUUAAACUGGUGGAUGAUGGACUGUACGGGGCUCCAGAGCCCAAUGGCUCUUGGACUGGCAUGGUUGGAGAGUUAAUCAACAGGAAAGCAGAUCUGGCCGUGGCGGGCUUCACCAUUACAUCAGAAAGAGAGAAAGUUAUCGACUUCUCUAAGCCGUUCAUGACCCUGGGGAUCAGCAUCUUGUACAGAGUUCAACUGGGUCGGAAGCCGGGCUACUUCUCCUUCCUGGACCCCUUCUCGCCGGCUGUCUGGCUCUUUAUGUUGCUCGCCUACCUGGCAGUCAGCUGCGUGCUCUUCCUUGCUGCAAGGUUGAGCCCUUACGAGUGGUACAACCCUCACCCCUGUCUGCGAGAGCGCAGGGACAUGCUGGAGAACCAGUACACCCUGGGAAACAGCUUGUGGUUCCCUGUCGGAGGCUUCAUGCAGCAGGGAUCGGAGAUCAUGCCAAGAGCCUUGUCCACCAGAUGUGUCAGCGGGGUUUGGUGGGCAUUCACCUUGAUCAUCAUUUCCUCCUACACGGCCAACCUGGCGGCCUUUCUGACCGUUCAGAGGAUGGAGGUCCCCAUCGAGUCCCCGGACGACUUGGCUGACCAGACCAACAUCGAGUACGGGACCAUUCACGGAGGGAGCACCAUGACCUUCUUCAUGAACUCCCGCUAUCAGACCUACCAGCGCAUGUGGAACUACAUGAACUCCAAGCAGCCCAGCGUGUUUGUGAAAAGCACGGAGGAGGGCAUUGCCCGUGUGCUCAACUCCAAGUACGCCUUCCUGAUGGAGAGCACCAUGAACGAGUACCACCGCGGCCUCAACUGCAACCUGACGCAGAUCGGAGGCCUGCUGGACACCAAGGGCUACGGCAUCGGCAUGCCUCUGGGAUCUCCGUUCAGAGAUGAGAUCACGCUGGCCAUUCUCCAGCUGCAGGAGAAUAACCGGCUGGAGAUACUGAAAAGGAGGUGGUGGGAGGGAGGCCAAUGUCCCAAAGAGGAGGACCACCGUGCCAAGGGUCUGGGCAUGGAGAACAUUGGGGGCAUCUUUGUGGUGCUGAUCUGUGGCCUCAUCAUUGCCGUGUUUGUGGCCAUUAUGGAGUUUGUGUGGUCGACGCGCCGCUCGGCAGAGACAGAUGAGGUAUGCCCCCAUACCUGCCCUCGCCGACCCCACAGACACACCCCAGUGUCUGUCUGUCAGGAGAUGAUCACAGAGUUCAGAAACGCCGUCUCCUGUAAGAAGAGCUCCCGGAUGCGCCGCCGCCGGCCCCUGAGCAGCUCGGCGGCCCUGCGCCACCCCACCCGCAUCGCCCUGGGAGCGCCGCGGCCGCUGCGCCUCGUCCGGGAGAUGCGGCUCAGCAACGGCAAGCUGUACAGCGGAGCCGGCCCCCUGACGGGCGGGGCCGGGGGCGGGGCGGGAGGGGCGGGGCCUCCCGAUCUGGGCCCCGGGCCCCAGCGGAUACUGGACGAUCCGCUGGGAGCCAACACCACCCCGCCUCCGCCCGCCCCCACCCCCGUGAUGCUGCCCGCCCGGGGCUGCACCCAUGUGAGGAUCUGCCAGGAGUGUCGGAGGAUCCAGAACCUGAGGCCGGGCGGCAGCAUAGCGUCGGCCUCCACGAGAAUACCCCCCUCGUCCGCUCCCCUGCCCCGGCUACCUCCGCCCCCGCCCCCGUCCUCCUCCAACACAGACAGUGAGGGCGGAGGGGGGCCCAGCCCCAGACGACAGCAUCACAGCCCCCCGCCUCACACCCCCCGCCCCAUCCCGCCUCCACAGAGCAGCAACACCACAGACCUGCUGGGGGACCAGGACUGAGACCGGGGGCGUC